CAAUAUUGGGUGGUCCGGUAUUUAUGAGGUGGAUGUAUCCUUUUGAAAGGUACAUGAAAAAAUUAAAGAAUUAUGUGGGAAAUAAAGCUCGCCCUGAAGGGUCGAUCGCCGAAGGCUAUGUUGCAGACGAGGCUUUGACCUUUUGUUCAAUGUAUUUCAAAGGCAUUGAAACAAGAUUUAACCGUCUUGAUCGAAAUGAAGAUGCAACUUAUAUCCCACGAAAUCUUGCAGUUUUCCAAUCUCAAUGUCGUCCACUCACAAAGGGAACUUUGAAGACUCUCGAUCAUAAGACUCGUGAAAUAGCUGAGUGGUUCAUACUUGAGAAUUCUCCUGAAAUUGAGCCUUAUUUAGACGAACACCUACAAGAGAUUAAACAAAAAUACCCAGAUGGUGAUCAUGAUCGUUUGCAUAGGAAAAAUUUCCGUUUGUGCUGA